ACACACACACACACACACACACACACACACACACCUAAAGGACAGUUUAGACAGACCAAUCAACCUAACAGUCAUGUUUUUGGACCGUGGGAGGAAGCCGGAGUACCCGGAGAGAACCCACACAUGCACAGGGAGAACAUGCAAACUCCAUGCAGAAAGAGCCCAGGCCGGGAAUCGAACCCAGCACCUUCUCGCUGCAAGGCAACAGCUCUAACCACUGCGCAGCUCUAAUGCUAUUUACCGGUAAUAACAUAAUCUCGACUCUCCCAUAUUCCAGUCAGAACUGACAAAGCUCCUCGGAUGAGAAGCGAAACGUCUUCAUGAAACCAAAGAAGUCCAUUUGCCUUCAUUUGAAAGGUAUAUUGAAAGGCACCUGCUGCAUAUGAAGCGCUGCUUGCCCUACAACCAGCAGGGGGCACCCUCCACAGUAUUCAGAGUUUCUCGAGCCAAUUAACACUGAUUCUGUUUUUUUUUCUUUUUGCGCACUUUGACCAGGAGACUGGCUGACUUAAACAUCCUGCUCCCAUGGUGCUACUGCUGCUGAAUGCUCACAUUUCUGACUGAAUCUCACCUGAAUGCACCUCGGCGUCCAGCAUCCAUCCAUCCGCAGCAGUUGGAAUAUCAAACCUCCGGUGGGCGCAACGCUGCGCCACCCGCUGUGGACAGUGCGCAGCGGAGCGAUAGGGCGGAUUUAGUUCCCCUUCAACACCGCGUCCACCCCCACCCUUCUCUCCACAUCUCAUCCAUUCAACCCAGCUCUCAGCUCUCUCUCUCUCUCUCUCUCUCUCUCUCUCUCUCUCUCUCUCUCUCUCUCUCUCUCUCUCUCUCUCUCUCUCUCUCUCUCUCUCUCUCUCUCUCUCUCUCUCUCCGUCUCGCUCUCUGGACACACGACGAGCUCGGCCGUGUUUCCCCGUUCACGCACGUGGAUUGGUCCGAUGUAUAAUUUAAGAGCGAAACUUCAGCAACUUUUCCGCUGGAUAUGGCUCCCGGUGUGAGGAGUGAUGGGCGGGCAGGUCACCCUGGAGCGGCGGCGGCGGAUGGACGCCGGUCGCACAAGGCGGACGCCAGGGGGAGGUGUGUAAGGAGCAGACUGCGCGCCGGAACAGCGGCGGGGAUGCUGGCGAACCGUCUGCUGUCUGUGGCACUGCUUCCACUUCUGGUCCGGUGCGCCGUGGCCGCAGAGGAAAGAUCCACCUAUGAUGCAUCCGGCUCUUCACAGUUACAGAGCAUCUCCCCAGUCACCGGUGCUCCUACCCACCCACUGGACGAGCUGUCGGUGGCAGAGGAGGUGCCUUUCCAGGUGGUCCAUUCAGACGGGGACUCAGAGUCUGGGGGAGAAGGUUUGUCAGGACGGCCCGCCUUUUCCUCCGUCCUAACAGUGAUGGCGGGAACUGUUAAACAUCCUGUGAGCCUUGAUCAAAGCAGAACCUUGCCGUCUAUCAGCAAGGAUGAGACGUACACCACCCAAUGGCCUUCACAUGGCUCCAGCCGAGGCUCAGAUGAAUCCUCUUCAUUGUUGUCUGUGGGAGAUGGCUUCAGAACGAGCUCAGGUCUGAAAUUCAGCAUAUCUCAGAAAUACACCACACGCCUUGGGGUUGUUGGGUCAGAUGUCUCCAGGCCAUCCCAUGAUUCAUUUAUGGAUGGAUGGAAGAAUCUCUCAUCAUUUCCAUUUUUAUCCCAGACAUCAGUGUCACCACCAGCUCCAUCCUCAUCCUCUGUGCCAUCACUCCUGUUCUCUUUUCUGUCUUUGUCCACUGAGCGGAGGAACAAAGCUGCUCCAUCCUGGGGUCAGGAGGCUGUGUCCAGUCUUUCUCCUCAGACCGAGACAGAUACAUUACCGUCUGCAGAGCCUCGGGGUUGGACAGACAGUCUAACAACUGCAGAACCCACCUCACAUACAGCGGUUGACCCACAUCCUGUUACACCAGGAACACAAACUGCCACAAGCAAACCAGCAUACUUUCAAAGUGAAGCCAGCACGAAAAAGAGCAGUGAAAGGACAAAACAAUCUCCGUAUUCGUCAGUGGGUAAAAUCCCUGAAAAAUACACAAAGACUACAAACAAAAAUACUGUCUCUGAACCAAAAAACAGCACUUUUGUUUCACAUCCUACCCCAAACAAUAGUGUAAGUCUCUCAUAUGAACCCUCUCACAUUCAGAAAAAGAACUUGAACUCUGUAUCCAGCGAUAAUCUUGGAAGCAGCUCUUCAUUUACGUCCAAUCAAGAGCGUCAAGCUGUUGGAAGGCAGCAGGGAGCUUCUCAGAAUCCCCCAUCAGCACCGCUGUCUACCCAUGCUGAAGAGCCAGACGUGGACGGGUUAACCUCUGGAACAUCCAGACCGGUUGUGCUCACUUUGCCCAAAGAGAAAGAGGCCAGUCUAGCCCCCUCUCACUCAGACAGGAUCAUCCUUUCUGCUGAGCCCAUUGAGGGGACCUCUCAGGUAUCACUGCUGACCCCCCAGAUGGACACCACAAAGGCCUCUGCAAAAAGUACCACCACAAAUGUAGCUUCAACCCCAGGACACCCCACCACCACUACACCUUACUUAAAGGUGACGAGGCAGUCAGCAACCACACCACAGCCCAUGCCUGUGACCAGAAGAACCACAACUACCACCACCGUCAGGACUUACACCAGCAGAAGAACGAUCACAUCGCCCAUCCAAAGAACAAGCCCCCCGAGGGGGGUCACCUCCAUCUUCAUCUCCCCUUUCACCACAACCACCGAAGCGCCACCGCCGCAGUGCAACAUCACUGAGAGACUGUGGCUGAAAACUGUUGUGUCAAUCUACGUGAGGAGGAACCGACUGGAUAGCAUUCAGAGGCAGAACUUACGAAGGGGACUAAGUCAAGGCCUCAGGAAAGCUCUGAAUGACACAUCGGCCCAAGCACAGGUGGAGACAGUUUUCGGUUCUCCCAACAUGACUGUGGCGUACCAUGUGACAGGAGGAGAUGUAGUUUACCCUCCAUCCGUAGUGGUGGAGGGUUUGACAUCCUACGGUCGUGAUAAGCUGAUUGCAGACCUGCGACAAUACCUCCCCUUGGUGACAGCGUUGCCUCUUCCUGUUGCGUUGUGGAGACCGUGCCCCGCCACCGGCUUCCAGUUGAAAACAGUGUUACAGUUUGUGGGAGCAGGUGACGAUCCCCGAUCCUGUCGCUUCUCUCAGAUGAUGGAACAGAGACUUGAGAGGGUGUUUUCUGAGGCGCAGGCCAAAGUCUUUAAAGCUAAAAGUCAACUAUCAGUUCAGGUGCUGAGUGUCUCUCAGGCAGCAGGCUCUCCUGCUGUGUCGUUAGUGUACACUGUAAAGAAUGGGAGUGUUUAUCUUAACGGAACAGCUGCCUCCAACCUUCUUGGUCAGCUUUCUGCUGAGCUAGUGGGCUACUUCCUCUUCUAUCCACCACUUAUCAUUGCAGAACCACUUGAAUAUCACAAUCUCAACACAUCUGUGGCAACAAGGGACUUCUGGGUUGUUACAGUGAUCCAGGAUGUUGAUAACGCCAGCCUGGAGGGACAGUACCAAAGCUUCGCCAGUCUAAUGGAGCAGCGUCUGGCUGAAUUGUUCGUGUUGGCGAGCCAGCAGGGCACUCGCUUGCGACGUGCCACGGCUGUGGGCAGCUUCACCGUCCAGAUGGUGAGCAUCCGCAGAGUCUCUGGGUUAAAGAAUCCAGCAGAGAUGACUUACUACGUUCAACACAAUGGCAUCCCCUUAUCAGGUACUUCUGCUGCAAAAGUCCUGAACACGGUGGAUUCUCAGACCAUGGCGCUCACACUGGCUUACUUCGUCCAGCUGCAAGCAGAGCCCGUGGUCAAGACUCCCCCUAAUAACCUGUGGAUAAUUGCUGCAGUGUUGGCCCCGAUUUCACUGGUAAUACUCACUAUAAUCAUCAUCACUGCCGUGCUGUGCAGGAAGAAUAGGAAGGAUUUUAAAGCCGAUGCCAUCGGUAACCUCAAUCCCCGAGCCAAGAUGGCAUACCGGAGAGAUGUGAGCUAUUAUCACCAGCCGGUGCAGGGGUUUGACUACGCCAAGCAACACCUAGGACAGCAGGGAGGAGAUGAGGAGACGCUGCCCAUCAGCCAGGACACUUUAGUGAUGUCCCUACAGAUGCGGGACACGUCACUGUCACUAGAGAAAGCUCUGCAACAAGAUGGGAUGACCAACAAAAGAAGCCUCACAACUGAAACACACAGAAGCAAAUUGCCAAGUGAAGACGGUUCCGUCAUCAGCAACGAAUCAGAGAAGCCUAAUCCCGGCAGGGGACUGUCUGUGUCGAAAGUCACAGCGCAGCAGAAACUGACAAAGGAGGAGACCCGGACACGGGACGAUCCAUACGAUUCCUCCUCUGGUUCCCUGCAGCUCGUUUCCAUAAGGCCCGUGACGGCUCAGACUAACGGCUCCCAGCUGGUAUCUUCUGACCGCAGUAAGGACUCUGUCCUCGCCAAUGGAGAGGUUAUCUUGGCGUUAAAGCAGAAAUCAGACAUAGAGCACUACAGAAACAAGCUGAGGCUGAAGGCCAAGAAGAAGGACUAUUACGAUUUCCACUCCACCAAUGGCAGCAGCAACGGGGGUCAAGCCCUGAUGCAAAAACAGCAGAACGGCUAUGAGAGGGAAGCCGGUUCUCACGGCAGACCUCUGGAGCCUGAUGAUGAGCGAGGUUCCACAUAUGUCAAGUCUCACAGGAGACAAUCCCAGGUAGGGCAGAUGGCCUAUCGCAGCAGACAAAGCUUAAGCAGUCCGAGCCCUGGAGGAACAGAGAUGGACCUGCUCGUAAUGAGAGAGAGGCCCAGAAAAGGCAUCCGCAACAGUGGCUAUGAUACUGAGCCUGAGCUAAUUGAGGAGACGAACGUCGACCAUCUCAUGGGGCCGCGGAGGUACACGUUCGGUCGAGGAUUAAAAGGCCACUCGGAGACGUCCACUUUGAGCUCCCAGCCAUCCAUCGACGAAGUGCGACAGCAGAUGCACCUGCUGCUGGAGGAAGCUUUCAGCCUGGCUUCUGGGGGGCAGUCCACAACCGGAAGGCACCCCCACCACCAGCAACACCCCUCUGAUCACUACAGCUCAGCACCGCCUCCUCUGACGUACUCAGACAUGGUGACCAGUGUUCCGGGCACAAUGAGCUCUGGGCGUGGCGGUCUGCAGUGGGUACCAUCCUAUGGAGCAGAUGUGUAUGAGUGCAGCCUGCCUAAACCAGCCUUUCGUUUCACUCAGCUUCCUGAGAUGGCCUUGGCCUCUCCUCCUCCUCUACCGCCUCGCACCGGGCCUCCUCCAAAAACCUCUUUAAGACGUUCUACGUCUGAUUUGGGGCCUAAGGGAAGAAGCUCGGAAACAUCUGUCACUGAAAUGCGGAGUCAACAUGAGAGCAACCCAUAUGGGCCAACAGUUAGAGCAGCCCUUCCACCUAUUGCUGCAGAACAGCCUGUGACAAACUACUCAGGAAACCCAAUAACUGCUGUGUAUGCCAUUCCAGCCACCAGGCCUGGCUGCUCAGAGUACUUUGUCCCAACAUCACCCACAUCCUACCACAGUCCCUCUUGGAUGUCCUAUCCACCAGAACCUGAAGAUGUUCCACCACAGUGGGCAGACUCUGUACCCUUACCCGGGUAUGUGGAGGCUUUCCCUAAUCCCCUACCAAAGGGAAGCCCCUGCAGGCUCCCGCUGCAGUACAAACAGACUCUGGAGCAGCCACCCACUGCCCCCAGCACAGCGUCUGAUCAAAGUCUGCCCCAAAUGCUGAAGAACAUGGACAGCAUGCCCCUGAGCAGCCUCUCCACCUCUGCACUGGUGCAGGCUAUAAGACAGGAAGUGGCAAAGCUGGCUAAGAAGCAGAAUGACAUGUUUGAGUUUUAAAUUCUGCUCCCACACAUACAGCUGGUUAUCAGUGCUUUGUUCUUCAACAGAGGUGCACCAAAGCCACCGUUUUUAACAUUUUUACUGUCCAACAGAUGGAUCUUUACCUGCUGGUUAGUCAUUUCUUUUUCAAACACAACUGAUGAACUCUUGAAUGAACAGAAACAAAAAUAACUUUGUUCUAAGAAAUCAUCCACACGUCUCUGUAGAUGUGCCAUUAUAGGAUCCACCCAAGGUCAAUAAUGUGCUUUUUUUUCCGAAACAAGGAGAAAAAAGACUUAUUAUUUUGUGAGUUACCAACAAUUGACAAAAAAAAAGUCCACAUUAUUAUCUGUACUGAGAGGACCAAACUCUUCCUGUCAGACCAUGAUGUAAAUGAGCAUGUACAGUUUAAGGACAUCAUGUACCUAAUAUUUUACUGAACACCCCGUUUAAACAAGAUGCGCUCCAUGAGGCUCAUUUAAUCUCAGAUUCAUCUCAUCAAUUAACAAGUUAAAAUCAAAAACUAAUUGACGUUUUACAUUUGUUUACAUGUCUGGAAAC